UUAAUCGACGAUUACGAUUGAUGAAUAUGGAAUCUGAAGCUUGAAGGCUUUGAAUCGAAUGACCUGGAAUCAGAGGAAGGGUAUGGAUUUGAAGAGACUGGAGAGAAAGAGAUAAGUAGCAACGGUGAUUUGGAAGCCAAUCUCCGAAGAAAGAAUCGACUAACAGUUGGAGAUUGAUGGGGGUUGAAUAUGGAGUCGAUUUAAUCGGUAGAGAGAUUGAAUCAAUUGGAAUCAGAAAGGCUCCAUCUGUGGUCUUCAUUGAUGAAUUAGAUGCUGUUGGAAGGGAGCGUGGGUUAAUAAAGGGUUCUGGAGGACAAGAAAGGGAUGCCACUCUUAAUCAGCUCCUUGUUUCUUUAGAUGGUUUUGAAGGAAGAGGAGAGGUCAUUACCAUCGCUUCCACAAACAGACCAGACAUUCUAGAUCCUGCGCUUGUGAGGCCUGGAAGGUUUGACCGCAAAAUUUUUAUCCCUAAACCUGGUCUUAUUGGACGGAUGGAGAUUCUGCAGUCCAUGCUCGUAAGAAGCCAAUGGCUGAAGAUUUGGACUAUAUGGCAGUUGCUAGCAUGACAGAUGGCAUGGUUGGAGCAGAGCUUGCCAAUAUCGUUGAGAUAGCAGCAAUUAAUAUGAUGCGUGAUGGAAGAACAGAGUUAACAACAGAUGAUUUGCUUCAAGCUGCACAAAUAU